AGUACAAACUGUACUGUGCAGAGGCUAAGGGCAAGUGUAGUGCUUUGUCCUGGUGCUAUCUUUGCCAUGAACGAGUCUCUCCAACAAAGUAAGAACCAGCUUGAAUAAACUGGACCAAGGAGGUGGGAUGGCUGAGAAUGUCACCACAAUGGAAAGCUCGGAGGAUGAGGACUUCUAUGAUGCAUCUGAGUCCUUCCUUGACGUACACGAUGAGGAAGGAACAGACACUCCACCACAGUCUGACUAUGUUCCUCCAAUAGGAGAAAUAACAGUUCUCAGUGCUGGCCAGGAGGCUGUUUCUCUUGGCUUACGAGUUGGGUAUAAGCUGCAAGUAGAUUACUCCUGUGACACACAGAGAAGCAGUAUUAUCAUGGAGGACAACAGCACUGUGGAGGUUGAGGGACUGAAUCCUGGUACUGAGUAUACUUUCAGCAUCAUCAGGAUUGCUGGCAAUGGAAAUCGAAGCAAAGCAGCCUCGCUACGUGUUUUUACAGAGCCCAGCCCUCCUGUGCACAUUGCUGUCGAUGAGGUCAGCAGUGAGUCACUGUCUCUACACUGGGACAUUCCUGCUGGUGAAGUGGAGUGUUACAUUGUGACUUGGUGCAGUGAGGGGGAAAUUGUGCAGGAACUGACAACAGACACAAAUAACCUGACCCUCAGCGACCUGAAGCCAGGGGUGUGUUACUCUCUCCAGGUUUCUGUACAACUUAGGAAUGGAAGAAGAAGCAAGUCAACUGUAACAUCUGCCCACACAACGCCCUGCCCUCAUUUGAAGACAACAGUCUACCACAUCAGCUGCAAGCAAGUGUCUCUGCAUUUGGACACUCCUGAUGGUGAGGUGGAGAGCUACACUGUGAUCAGCUGCAGCGAGGGAGAAGUUGCACCAGAGACGAUGGACACAAAAAGCUCAACGCUCAGCAACCCGAGGCCAGGGGUCAACCAGGUGUCUGAAGAACCAAAGAAUGAAACAAUAAGGGAGUCAGCUGUAACAUCUGCAAACACAAAGACACAGCUGGAGAGCUUACUGGAGGAUCUGGGGAUGGAGCGGCACUACACAGAGAAACUAUCCCUGAGCACAGUGCUGCAGAUUGACAAGAGGACCAUCAGUGAUGAGCCUGCCAAGUGUAACGCAGAUCUUCCAUGGUAUUUUCUGAAGAAACUGAUGAUGGUUAAUGUGACAGCUAGAAAUGUGAAAUGUACAUCAGUAUGUGAGUCAACCUGUGAUGCUGCCUCAGAGAAUACAGAGUUAGAUUUUGAUGAUCUGUUUGACAUUCUACAUUCAGGUGACAUGCUGAACCCCCUUGACAUAAUCACUGCUCUCUUUCUGUGUUCUGAUGGUUUUGUACAGCAGGAAAUGGCACUCAAAAUGUCUAUGUGUCAGUUUUCUGUGCCUCUGUUGCUUCCCAAUUGCGACACAAAGCAGUGCACACUCAUGCUUUGGGCCAUGAGGGACAUUGUUAAAAAGUACAGACCUCAGUCCCUUUUGGAAUCCAAGGGCUUUAUUGAAGACAGAAUUGUUGUCUCUGAACUCCCAAUGAUAUCUUUCGUGAGACUGGGUGAGUGCUCCAUGUCCAAGUCAGAGAUCCUCAAUAAGCUUCUGAGCAGUUCUCAGCAGUACUAUGACACCUUUGUUCACCACAAUAUGGAGUGUGGUGACAGUCCAAGGAGAAUUUCCAAUGGACUGACUGAAAUAACUUGGUACCUUCCUUGUGGGAACAAAAACAUGGAUAUCUUCAGUGAGCCAGUGGCUGUAGCUAACCUUCGUGGUGACAUUGCUUCGUGUGAAACGCAAUUUUAUUUUUUAUGCCAGACAUCUGCAGCAGUUUUUGUGUUCUUUGACACUUUGGACUCUGAGUGUGAGCUGCUUACCAACCUACACACCAAGGCACAGAUCUUCUUGGUGGGUAAUCAUCAAAGCCAUCGCUUCAGUAAAGAUGCUCUAAAAAAAGUAGCAACCAAGUUGGGCUUGACUAAAGACAACAUCCUCUUGAAGGCUAAGCACAUGAAUGAUGCAGACUUUGUCAAAAAUCUGCGUAAAACAGUCAGCAAUGUGGUUGAGAACUCAAAGAUCAAGAUGAGAAUUGAGCAGAUGGCUGACAUUGCUCAUGAGCUGGGAAUCUGGGUGGAUGAAGACUCUUCAGAGUGUCAGACUGCCAAGGAAAAUGCAGAUGCUAUCACUGCAGGAAUUCAAGACAUCCUUAAAUACAAAGAUACAAAACUACCACUGCAAGGCCAAAUAUGGAAAGACCUGACUUGCUUGGAGAAAGAAGAAUUUCGGCUGCGAAAUGUCGGGUCAGAAAACAUAGAAAAGUACAAAAGUGAUCUUCAGGUACAGAAAGAUAACCUUCGACAAAAACAGAACACUUACGAUAUGUCAGAUGCAAUGGCAUGUUUCAUCAAGGCAAUAUCCAGCCCAGGGAUAGAGAGGUGCUAUUUCCUGAAAUGGCUGCGAAUGAAUCUCGAUAACGUGUCUCGAGAAAAACUGUCUGGCCUCAGGGAGCAGUACAAAAAGAAAUGCAAAGAUUCUAAGAACAAAGAGGAGAUCAAAGAAAUUGACAGACAACUUUCCAACAGCUCGCUGGGAACUGAACACUUCUUCCGUGAAAUGGGUCAGAUCUAUGAAGCAUCAUUGUCCCUUCCGGAAACAAACAGAUCACGUCUACAAUUCCGGCAUCUGCCCAAACUGUGCGCACAAUUGUUGCUUGACGGCUUUCCCCUUGAGCUCGUGGAUGGAGACGCAUCGAACAUCCCUCUCAGAUGGGUGAGUGACGUCCUCUCUCAGCUCAAUGACUUGGUGCCUCCAGAGAGCAAGAUACGGGUAGCCACAGUUCUUGGAGUCCAGAGCACAGGAAAGUCUACUCUACUCAACACCAUGUUUGGAGUGCAGUUUGCAGUCAGCAGCGGUCGAUGCACUCGAGGUGCCUUUAUGUUGCUCAUCAGAAUCGAUGAAGAUGUUAAAAAAGAACUCAAGUGUGACUUCAUGAUGAUCAUUGACACUGAGGGCUUAAAGUCACCAGAGCUGGCACAACUGGACAACAGCCACGAGCACGACAAUGAGCUUGCAACACUCGUUGUGGGGCUGAGUGACAUCACUAUAAUCAAUAUUGCAAUGGAGAAUUCAACUGAAAUGAAGGACAUCCUACAAAUAGUCGUGCACGCUUUUCUCAGGAUGAAAGAAGUGGGCAAAAAGCCCAAAUGCCAGUUUGUUCACCAGAAUGUGUCAGAUGUUUCAGCCCACGAGAAGAACUUACGAGACAGGAAACUCCUCUUGCAACAGUUGAACGAGAUGACACAAGCGGCGGCCAGAAUGGAACAGAAAGAGGAGAACAAGAGCUUCACUGAUGUGAUGGAGUACAGUCCAGACACUGGGAACUGGUACAUUCCUGGACUCUGGAAUGGAAACCCACCAAUGGCACCAGUCAAUGCAGGGUACAGUGAGGCUGUUUAUGAGCUCAAGAAGAACAUAAUCCAAACUUUUGGAGGUUGUGAGUCAUCUGCUAAUGAUAUCUUAGACUUUGCAGAGUGGACAAAAAGCCUGUGGAAUGCCGUAAAGCAUGAAAACUUCAUCUUCAGCUUCAGGAACAGCCUAGUGGCUGAUGCAUACAUGAGGCUGUGCACAGAAUUCAACAAAUGGGAAUGGGAAUUCAAAAAAGAAAUGUACACAUGGGUUACAGAAGCUGAAACAAAAAUUUCCAACUUUGGCAAAAUUAAAUCUGAGACAUGUGACAUGUCAGAAUUUCUCUCUGAUUUGAAAAGUGAAGCUUGCACAGUGCUGUCUGAAUGGGAGACAAAGAUUCUUGAAAAUCUGAAAAAGUACUUCAAGCAAACAGAGGGCCACGUCUAUCUAGUUGAAGGGUACAGAGAGGACUUUGCAAACAGUGCAAAGAGCCUUCGACGAGAAAUGGAGAGCUCUGUAAUUAAUCAGCUCACAGCAGCAGCCGAUAUCAGACAGGGGAUGACAGAAAUUGAUAGAAUCAAGGAUAACCACACUACAGAACUAGAGGGGAGAGUGUGUGCAUUGAUUGAACAAUGUCGGGGGAAAAAAGUCAAGAUGACAGAGAGACAGCUGGAUGAAGAAUUUGACAAGAUGUGGACUAAAACAGUGAAUGAACUAUCCUUUUCAAAACAAAAUGCCACAAAUGUCAGUGCAAGUGUGUCCUACUACUUGAGAGCCAAUCUAUCACGCAAGGGGAGUCGUGUAUGUGAGUUAUUAGAUAAAAAAAGUCUGCAGGAUUGUGGACUGGUGCCUUUCAAAUACACAGCUGAAGGACUUUACAAUCAGGUCAAACACAAAAUCAGCAGGUGGUUCAACAUUGAAGAUCACGUAAUGGCUUUACAAAACAUAGCUGACUGUGUCAUAGCAGAAUGCACAGCCUUCAUAAGUGAAAAAAUGGAAAGGAAAAAUAAUUACCACAACACUUACAUCCAGGAGAUCCUGCACAAGAUUGAUGAGAGGCUGCAAAGCAGUAAGGAUGCUAAGAGAGACAUUGAGUUUGAAGUUUCUCUGAAACAGCACAUCUGUGGAGUUGCAGCCAGACAGUUUCAGAAAAUGCACGAAGAUUUCCUACGUGACAAUGAUCCCUACAGAUGUCUGAACCAAAACAAAGAAAAGUAUCGUGCUGAUUUUAAGGACGUGUUCCAUGAACGAGACCAGUGCCAGAAGAAGGCAGAAGAAUUCACCAACCGAUGCUUGAGACCUGCAGUUGAAGACUUUGUCAGCCGUUUCUUGGGUCCUGAUAUCGUUGGUGAAAUGCAGUUAAGCUUCGAGUUCAGCACAAGAAUGCACUUCCAGUAUUCAGUUUUACUGGAUUUGCUCUCAAAGAAUGACUUUGAAGACUACCAGAGCUUUAUUUGCUCAAAUGAGGAUUAUGUGAACAAAUGGAUAUGUGACCGUGUAUUGGAACACUUUUCAAAGGGGUCUACGACAUAUGAGUCCGAGGAUCGACAUCUCCAGUCAAGUAUCAAAAGCAUAAAUGAUGCUAUCAACAGAGCUAAAAAAGAGAAGAGUGGCAACAUGAAGGAAUUCAUUGAAGAUGUCUGUCAGGAACUUAGCGGUAAACUGGUCAUUCCCAAGGACGCUCUUGGUGCCUUCAUGAUCCUGAACAAUGCCACCCCAGAACAGUUUGCUCACUGGCUCACAGUGUGUGUGACGGAGAUGGCUGAAGCUCUUAGAAAGACGUUUAAAGAGACAGACAUCCAGCUGAAACUGAAAAAGCUUCAUGUGAAGCCUCAGAAGGAGCUUUUCACCAAAGUGAUCGGAUGUGGUAAACUGUGUCCAUUCUGCAAAGCACCCUGUGAGGCAGGAGGAAAAGAACAUAAAGAGCACUUCACUUCGUGGCAUCGGCCACAGGGUUUUGGUACAUACAGGUCGACACGAACAGAAAAACUUGUCACUGACAUUUGCACUUCCUUGGUCGUCAGUGAUGCCUCUUUUCGCUGCAAUGAAACAAAUGGUGAAUAUCACCCUUACAAGGAUUACAUCAAAAUUUUCCCAGACUGGAAAAUUGCUCCAGAUGGAAGUCUUCAGGCAUCAGACUACUGGAAAUAUGUACUGGCAAAGUUCAACAAAGAGUUUGCCGAAGCAUAUGGAGCAGAGCCUGCUGAUAUUCCUGCAACCUGGAAUGAUAUCACAUACAAACAGGCAGAAGACAGUCUCAAAGAGUCCUUUAACGUCAAGUGAGAUGACUAACAUCCCCUCACCUGCUUUAGUCUACAGUACUCAAGAUCCUCCUUUCAAGGAUCGUUUGAUCUUACUUGUUUUACAUGAUACAGAAAAGAAUCAGAAAUAGUAACAUUCUGUGUUGAGAUGACAAAGUUGUAGAUUGUUGAUUGCAACGUAAAUGUGUUUAAGAAAGAUAAUUUGAUUUCACAGUGUGUUGAUGUUGACCUCAUCAACGCUUGACAAGGUCUUUUAAGUUUAAGAUUGGUGCUUUUUGAAACUGUGAAUCAGUGUACGUGUUUGGAACGUACAGUACAAAAUGUUUCCAGUUUGAUUAAAUCUGAGUUGGAAUUUAUGAUCUUUGUGUCACAGAUGAAAGUAAUUAUAUUGCUGCUGCAACCUGCAACCUUUGGUCAAUUCAGAGGUCUGUCACGCUUUACUCUGCAAAAUCAAUGAACAUCUAUAUUUCCCUCAUUCAAAUCAUGCUUGAAAUGAUGUCCAGAUGUGUCAUACGAUGGCAAUAUUUUGACUAUUGUGUUUUAAGUUUAAAUAGACAGAAAUGCCACAUGUUUGCACGCACAGGGUUUGAAUCCUAAAGUGGCCAAAUCUUACUUGCAGACAAUGUGGCAAUUGCAUGGGGUGUGUUUGCAGGUGCUUGAUAGUGUCAUAUAAAGUCAGAAAAAAAGCUUGUUAUGCUUUGACCCAAUGGAAACUUGGAAUAUUUUCCUCUGCUCAAAAGUGUUCCUGCAGUAGAAAAAAGCAAUAAGACCAAGAAACACAAUACAUGACACGACCGAGGCACGUAUAAUGACACUCAUUGACCUCAAGGUGGCGCUGUAAGACUCAAGUUGACAUUUUCACAAUUAUCUCAAAAACAGCUUGGCCUACAGUCAAAAAGCAACCAAAUGCUCGCAAUCUGCUUGGACCCUGAUCGUUGCUGCUUGUGGCUGUAUUUACAUUUAUUUUUUCAUACAUCACUCAGUCUGCAUGUGGUAUUAAAACAAAGUAUGAUGUGUGAUUAUUUACUCAGAUUUGAGAAUGUGUUUUUGUGUCUGUGAAGUAUCUGAUGCUGAAUAUUUCAGUGUGUUAAUCAGUCUAAAUGUCAACAUGCACGCACUAUAUGACAUAAAGUUGUAUUUUCCUUGUCUAAUGGAGUAUGAUGUGCGAUUUACUCGACUGAGAAUCUAGUUUCUAGAAUCUUUGCUUUUAUUUUCAUGAAGUAUCUGAUACAAAAUAUUAGCACUUUUAAAGGCCUUGAAACAUCAUUUAUUCUGUGUGCAGUGUCACCAACAGCAAUUUCUGACUUGUGUUAACUGAUUCAAUAAAGAGACAAAAUAGGCAGA